UUCUCCCGCUUAUGUUGCCCCUCUCUAAAGCCCAUUUGCUCCAACUCGCUGUCGACGGUAGGCGUGUCGUAUCUGAUGUAGUAGUGUGGCUUUGAUGGGAUAGCAUGCAAUACUCCCCGUCUUCCUCUUCUGUCCUCAGUUCCCUCCUGUCACCUUAGGACCAACUCGGUGGACUUGUUGUGUGCUGUUUGGAUAGUUGACGCAUGUGUUUCGGCAGUAGUUCCGGGCACGCAAUGCCGCUGAGAAUUGGCACUGAGCUCAGGGUUGUGUGGUUCUGUGCUCUAUGAGUUUAGAUUCGCUCGUGGUACGCUUAGUGUGCGUUUAUUUUUCUGUUAGCACGAUCUAGCUAUAUUCUUGCAUCGUGAAAUAGUUGCGCAGCUAAGGCGAGGUAGACAGUUGUUGCCGAUAGCGCGUGUCUCGACAUUGCGGGGCGUUUUCUUGCUCUCUUACGAAUUGGGAGUUGAGGAUUUUUUUCGCCUCUGGGUGAAAGACAUUUGUGGAAUAAGCGCUUGGCAAGGGUGUGCCAACGUCAACCUUCUUUCCUACCCUAAGUUUGUUCGGUGCAGAAUGUGAUUCCCAGCCACGGGAGUCGAAAUUCUGGAGUCAUUGACGAAUUUUCGUAUUUAGAAAUGUGUGGCCGCAGCUGCCUUGUGUUUCUUUUUCGAGUAAAAACGAUCACCGAUGUUGACUUGGCUGGUACUUGGAGCCCACUUUUGUUGCAAUCCAAUUUGCACAGUGUGGAACGCAAGACACUUCGGUUUGAAUUAGGCUCCAGCACUCUGCACUAGCUCUCUUGUACUCGUCUUCUAGACGCUCACUUCUGUGUAGAAAACGAGUGCCAACUCCGACGGAGUUAAUAGAGCCUGAAGGUUGAAGAUCUUCCAUUGAAGGUCGCAUAAUGUGCGUGUUUCAACUGGAAGGAGGCUUCGUUUCUCUUUUUUGGAUCAAGCAGUGAAGUCCAGGAGGCUUAACUGAUGGCACCUUCAGUAAGGGAUCCUAGCUUCUACCUGAGCAUGGCUAGUUUCGACUUUGAUAUGGAUCCUCUGCAGAGCUUCACUUUUGAUACCAUUUCUUCAGAUGAUAUCGAUACCUAUGAGUCCGUACUAGAGCCACGAGUGGUGCUUCUCAUGUCCGAUAUGGUUUCAUCAACAUACUUAGAGGUGAAGAUCAACGCGGAGAGAACGUUUGUGCUUCACGGAGCUCCGCUUGUUGGGCACUGCGAGCUUCUGAGGCAACUUGUUGAGGAAGCGCUCGAAGUUGAUGCGUGUCCGCUGUCGCCGCCAAGACCCACUCGCAAGUUUCUUUCAUUUCAAAUUGAAGACUUGCCUGGUGGGCCCGAAGCGUUCGAAUUGGUUGCAAGGUUCUGUCACCGAAGAACAUGCAUAAAUGUCACCUCUGCAAAUGUAGCCAUGCUGCGCUGUGCUGCCGAGUUCUUGGGCAUGACGGAGACUAUGACGAGUGAGAAUUUGAUACGUAUAACAGAAGAGUAUCUGAGAGCGGUAGUGCUCGGGAGCUGGGAGGAAUCCCUUGCAGUUAUUAGGACGUGCGACGAAUUCAAUCAAUCCGCUGAGAAGACUCAGCUUAUCCAGCGAUGUGCGAGUGCUCUGGCCGAUAAGACCUCGCCAACGGCUACUUUCGCCGUAGACCUCGCCAGCAGUCCUCUACAUCCAACCACUGAUGCGUACUUGGCUUCCUAUUUUGUGUCGACUCCUAGCGGCAACAGUUCUCACAGGUCUUCCAAGGCUGUUAGCGAAACUUGGUGGUUUGAUGAUCUUUCGACUCUCUCCGUUCACCUCGUGGAGCCAAUCGUGCGCUAUAUGAUCAUUCACAAGCCAGCAGAUAGUCGAGUGAUAGCCAAAUUUCUGCUGCAUUACCUGCGCUCUGCAUUGCCAGUGCAUGGUUACAGCGCCACGUCUCUGUCCCCCAUGAAGCUUCACGGCGAUGGUGAUGAAGACACUUCGUUCAAUCAUGGUGAAAGAAUCCAACGCGAAGUAGUCGAAGUUGUCGUGAAUCUGCUGGCUAAUCUCGAAAGGAAAUCGGUCUCUUGUAGGUCAUUGCUUGGGCUCCGGAGAAUUGCCGUCGCUGUUAGAGCAGGGAAACAUUGCAGGAGGGACCUAGAGCGCAUGAUCGGAAGGCAGUUGGAGAAGGCAACUCUGGACAACAUUUUGAUUCCAGCCCUUCCUCCACGUAGCUCCUCGUUGUACGACGUUGAUCUUGUUCUGCGUCUGGUCGAGUUCUUCCUCAAAGAGAAGGCUGACGCACUGUUUCUCACCUCGAAUUGCAAAGGAUCUGAGAGCUGUGAAUCCUUGUAUUCAUCGAGAUUAGACAACAGGUUCUCUUUACUAUCACGAACUAACAGCAGGGUAUCAGCCCCGGUAACCGCCUUGAGUUCUGAGAUCAGCACACCGCUGCAAACGUCGUUGCUGAAAGUCGGACAACUUAUGGACAAGUACUUAGCUGAAAUCGCAGCCGACGCUUACUUGAAGCCGUCAAAAUUUCUUGCGCUUGCUGAAUCACUUCCAGACUACGCGCGCCAGUCGGAUGAUGGACUGUACAGAGCAGUUGACAUAUUUCUCGAGGCACAUCCGUUUGUGAGUGAGACGGAUGCUACACGGCUCUUCAAGGUGUUGAACUACCAUAAAUUGGGCCCCGAGACGUGCAAGGCCGCAGCCCAAAAUCCAAGGUUUCCCCCAAGCUUUGCGAUUCAGGUAGCGCUUGUCCAGCGAAAUCAGCUCAAGACAACCAGCGAAGGCUCAUUCCGCAGCGACAGAUCCUAUUCCCCGUUCAAGAACAAUUCACCAAGAGUCGGCCAACAAACAGUGGUGCACCUUCAGUGCUCUUCAUUUGAGUUCACCCUUCGGCAGGAGAAGAAGAUCAAUGUCAAGAAGGCGCAAGCGUCAAGGCUUGAGAUUCAAAGCUCUUGCAAACGCUCACGAGUGGAGAUGCCUGGCGGCUUCCACCGACUGAUGCAGCUGUUCAACUCCAAGUCAAGGCAGCAUUAGCUUCACACACCGCACAAAUUUCUUUUUGCCUCCUAGGAGUGCAACUCUGUAAACAAUAGUCCCGCCUCUUGUAUAUAUUGAAAGAGCAUGGUCAUGUAACUUAGUCUUAGGCUUGGCAGGUCAUUGAUAUUUUGACGUGAUCCGCCGGCACCCACAAUAUGGCUCACGCCGAGGUGACUGUUUAAGCCUCUUGUGGAAGCCCAUUCUAUGAUACUAGUCCCGGAGAGAUGCCUGAUUUCUUGCCUCUGUUGGGAAUGCCUCCUUUCACCGCACCGAUUCUUCAAACGCUUGGUAAGUAUUCCGUGUUCAGUGACGGAGGUUGCAGACGGAACCCUCGUGCAACACGAAGUGGCUUUUGUAAAUUAUUUAAGACAAGAAUUAGUGGUGAAGAAAACGAAUGCUUCGUAGUUUUAAGCUACUUGCAAUGUUACAUAGUAGAUGCAUUAGUAGAUUACACAAAGUUUUAUCAUGUACUAUUAAUUUUUGAAACUAAAGCAUAGUGUGCCAUCUCCUUAUUCUCCUGGUCGGAGAGGUUGGUUUUGCCCUCACAA